AACAUAUCAUUUUAUUGCUUCAACUCCUCUCCGUGCCAACAUGUCAGCGGCGUUGCUUGGCGUGAUUAUGCCAGCCACCCCUGCUUGGGUCAAGGUCGACCUCCACCGCAGCCAUGUGCGCCUCUACCAGUUCGAGUCUUGCCCGUUCUGCCGCAAGGUGCGGGCAUGCCUCGACUACCACAGGGUGCCCUACGAGAUCGUCGAGGUGCAUCCCCUGAGCAAGGCCGAGACCAAGGACAUAGCGCCGGACUACAAGAAGGUGCCAGUCCUGGGCGUGGAGGCCGCGGACGGCCGCAGGUUCCAGCUGCGGGACUCCAAGUCCAUCGUGCGGGCCAUCCUCGGCGGCAGUAACCCAGGUGUCGGUGCAGCGGUGCCGUCUCCCAGUGCGACCUCGGCCACAGGCAUCAUGUGGCCCGAGGAAAGGGUUGGCACCGUGGAGGAACAGUGGCUUCGAUGGACGGACCUCGUGCUAGUCCAGUGCAUUGUGCUGAACGUGUAUCGAACAAUGGGGGAGUCUGCGGAGACGUUCAAGUGAGCUUUGUCUUUGUUUGCUUCCGCUCUUUGUCUCGCGGAUCUGUGUUGCCACCUUGCUUAGUCAAGAUUAUGUCUGUCGUGGUUCUCUUUCCUUCCUUUCCAAAGCGUAUGUUUGCAUCCGCUCAUCUCCGCUUGACGGUGUCGACCCUGCGUUUGGAUCUUCUGAGCUCGUGAGCAUGCCUUUGUUGUCGUGUUGCCGAAGCGCCGCUGAUGAAGCUGAUAUUGUGUGAUCGCUCCGCUCAUUCCUGUGGCCCGUACCUGCAGGCUGUGGGGGCUGAUGGGGUGCUGGGUGGCGGUGGUGUCCUCUCUUGGAGCCUCGGUGGGGCCAAUUGGG